AUGGGAAUCCCAGGAAUAUACAAUGAGAUAGGUCCAGGUCAAAGAGUGUCUCUGACCAAGCUUGCGGUGGAGAAAUUCGAGCAAACUGGGAGGCCGUUCAGAAUAGCUGUUGACAUUUCCAUAUGGAACUUUGAAGUCCAGGGAGGCAAAGGUGGCCCCAAUCCGGCACUGCGAACCCUGUUUUAUAGGCUCGUAAGACUUGCCGGAACAUCCGUUCAGGCAAUAUUUGUCUUUGAUGGGCCCGACAGGCCUCUCCUGAAACGGAAUAAAACCAGACGCAAAGGAGGUUCCGCAUACCUGGCCGACGUGCGGAGAACUAAGCUUUUGCUGCAACUGUUUGGCUUUGAGUCUCACGAUGCUCCAGGAGAAGCAGAGGCCGAAUGCGCGUUGUUGCAACAACGGGGUUUGGUCGAUGCCGUCCUCAGUGAGGACGUGGACACUCUGAUGUUUGGCAGCGGUAUAACUAUCAGAGACUGGUCGUGUGAGGGAUCUGGAAAAACUCCUCCGACUCACGUGUCAUUAUACGAUGCCAAAGUCACCAAGGAGGGAAAAUCUGGCUUGGACCGAGAAGGGAUGAUCUUGGUCGCCCUAAUGAGUGGUGGCGACUAUGAUACCGCCGGUGUCGCUCGCUGCGGAGCAAAGAUUGCAUGCGAAGCCGCAAGAGCAGGUUAUGGCAAAUCACUGUGUGACCUCGCCCCUGAUGACAGUCCCGGGUUAUUGGCCUGGCGCGAAAAUCUCGUACACGAGCUUCAUACGAAUGAGGGUGGCUAUUUCAGACAGAAGAACAAGGCAAUCACUGUACCAGACGACUUUCCGAAGGAGGAAAUUUUACAGUACUAUAUGCAUCCUAUUGUCUCUUCGGAAGCCGCCCUGUUAAAUUUGAGGUCGCGGUUACAGUGGGAUAGGGAAAUUGACUCGAAAAGACUGAGGAUAUUUGUUGAGGAAUGUUUCGAAUGGACUGGCAAAUUGAGCGGAAAGAGGCUGAUCCGCCUCCUUGCGCUGCCAAUGCUGAUCUAUAAGCUACGAGAAAGACCUAAGAGUGUCGACUCAGGACAUGGCAACUUGGUUUUGAUAGAGGCCCAAGAACGAGAGAUUGUGCAAGAGAUCACAGGCGAGAGACAACACUUUUCAACAGAUGGCAUACUUGAAUUACGCUUAACUUUUGAGCCGUUUGGUAUAGUCGGGCUAGACAUUGAAGCGGAGAUUGAUGAUGAGAGCAACCCGGACCAACAGGAUGAAUACCUGGCUGUGGAUGAAGAGAAUCUUGAAGUUUAUCAAUCGGACAACGAACCGACAGGAAAGAGCAGAUCCAUGAGCCCUAUGAAAAAUAGACUGGCUGUUUAUGACCCCACCAAACCCUCUAAGACCUGGGUUUCUCGGAGCAUUGCGAGAGUUGGUGUUCCUCUCAAGGUAGAGGAUUACGAAGAGUCAUUAAUGCUGAAGCAAUCGCGGGCAAACGCGCCGAAACGGAAAGCUGCCCCGAAAGCAACAAAGCAUGGCAUGAAGCAAGGAGCAUUAGAUCGAUAUUUUGUUACAAGCAAACCGGUCGCCACUGGUGCAGCCUUGUCUUCGGAGUCUCCUAAUAAGAAAUCUGAUCAUCAACCACAACUGCCUCCGGUAUAUCUAGCUCCUUCUCUCGACAAGCCGCCGUUGCAGCCGAAAGGGACAACCAAGGAACCUCUUCGGCCACGCCGCGAGUACCGCAAAGCUCCUUCUGGGGACCGUUACUGCCAAGUCUCGCCCAAGCCAAGCAACCCUUGGGCAGCCACACAGUUUCGCUCGUCUCAACCAGUGAGCGCCAAUGUGUCAAAGUCUGGAAUAAGUCAGUCUAACAAAGGAGGGUCAUCUCAAGCAAGUUCAAGCUUAGCGUCCCAGAUGAUAUCAUCAUAUGAUAUUUCUUCAUCCCGUAACUUGUUUCCAAAGAAGCAUUCGAGAAAUGGUUCACCGCCCCUUUACGUCUCGUCUAUUUCCGACGCUGAAAUACCUACCGGUUCCGUACCGUUGCCUUCAGUUAAGAAACGGACAGCAGUGACUGGCGAUCAAGGAUAUAGUGGAACAUCAAGAACUACUCAAUCAGAUGCGCCAACAUCAAGCCUGCAAAUCAGCCGCAAGCUUGAUAUAGAUCUAGGUGACCAAUAUCUGCCCACUCUCUCAGACGAAGAAUACGACGCGCUGCCCCCUCUUGACUAUCUACUUUCGCCACUCCAAACGAACACCUUCUCAACUGAAGAUAACAAAGGGACACAGAAUGCAAUUGACCUCAUGUCCUCUUCUCCUCUCUCACAUUACACCACGACAAAACAAGCCGAAUCGCCGCUGGCCAUGGGCAAACCCUCUUCUCACGCAGACGUCCUGUCAUUUGCCGACAGCAAAGUCCCUCAAAAGAGAUUCCUUGCACCCCGAGAAAGUUUGCCCGGUGCCUGGAAGAAAUAUACAGAGAAGGAAGUAGAAGACAUGGAGCGGAAGGGCAGAGGCAGGCAGAAAUGGAGGGUGAGCCAAGUUGAGGCCUUAGAUUUGACGCAGGAUUAG